AACUUCGCGGGAUGAUGGCGGAUGUGGAGGAACUUAUCGUUUUCAGCAAGAACUUCAGGCUCGCAAACGAGGAGGAGAGCAAGAGAAAAGAGAAUACGGUGCAAGACUUGAGACUCUUUCAUGACUCAUUGAAUUUGCACAUUCCCGCAAUGAACAAGAAAGCAAGCAAUUCUGAAAAUUCCUUCCAAGCCAAGCCACAAACUGGAAAAACAGCAAUUGAAGGUGACAAUAAUAAAAAGGAGCAUCUUCUUGACCACAAUGGAGACAUUGAACCUCCUCAAGAAGAUAUUUUUCAGCCUCAAGCUCAAGUAAAGAAAAAAAAAAGGAAAAAGAAAAGAGCAAGCGACAGUGUCUGUGAAAGUUUUUAUGAUGUAUACAAGGUACUGGAUGACAUAUUAGGUCAAGGUGCCCAUGCAACAGUGAAGAGUUGUGUUAAGCUUGCUACAAAUCAGGAAUAUGCUGUGAAGAUUAUUGAGAAGUCUCCAAAAGUUGACAGAAAGCGUGUGCUUAAUGAGAUAGAGUUGCUCUACCGGUGCCGUGGACAAAAGAAUAUAAUAGACUGCAUUGAAUAUUUUGAAGACAGUCACAAGUAUUAUUUGGUAUUUGAAAAGAUGAGAGGAGGACCACUUCUGAAACAUAUAGAGAAGAAGAAAGCUUUUACUGAGAAAGAGGCCAGCCUUGUUGUAAAAGACAUUGCAUCAGCCUUGGAUUUUCUUCACAAAAAAGGCAUAGCUCAUCGAGAUUUGAAGCCUGAAAAUAUACUGUGUGCUUAUGAAAAUCAGAUAACCCCUGUCAAGAUUUGUGAUUUUGACCUGGCAAGUGGACUUGAUGGACUCAGUGUACCGGUGACAACACCAGAACUUCAGACACCAGUUGGCUCAGCUGAAUAUAUGGCACCUGAAGUGGUGGAUGCCUUCAAAACUCAUGCUACAACAUAUGACAAAAGAUGUGAUUUGUGGAGCCUUGGAGUAAUUCUUUAUAUUAUGUUGUCGGGGCACCCACCCUUUUAUGGCAAAUGUGGUACAGACUGUGGAUGGGAGAAAGGUGAAAACUGCCAAUCAUGUCAGGAAAUGCUUAUGAAGAGGAUACAGGAAGGAGAGUAUGACUUUCCAUCCAAGGAAUGGCAGUGCAUUUCAUUAGAAGCCAAAGAUCUCAUCUCCCACCUGCUAGUGCGGGAUGCAACAAAGAGAUAUACAACUGACAUGAUACUUGAACAUACCUGGAUUGAAGAGGCAAGCAACACCCCUUUACCAACCCCUACCCUGUUGACAAGGAAUAUGAACACCCUCAGUCUACAGGAAUUUGCAGCUGAAGCAGUAGCCAUGAACAGAAUAUUUUCUGAGGCAUCUGCCAUUGAUGAGCCUGGUGCUCACUAUGAUGAGUUCCAAAACAACAUAAAACCAAGACUAUUUGGACUUUCACCCCCUUCCAACUCUGUUUUGGCCAGGCGACGAGCUGCCUCAUCAAAAUCACAUUUACAGAAUCCAGUCAACAGAGAUGUUGAAAAAAGUGGACUAUAGUAGAUGAGACCCUGUUCUUUGCAAAGUUAUCCCUAAGAAAUUCUGUGGCAUUCUUCAUUCUUUGUAAAAUAUGUGGACAAACUGGAACCCAAAAACAUUUCAAGUGGUUAAUGUUGAAGAAGAUUAAUAGAGACUGUAAAUGACACUUUUGAAAAACUUUACCAGAGGCAAGGUUUUUCAACUAAGACAUUGAGGUACAAGUCUGCUGUUAUCUUUCUUGUUAAAUCCAUUUGUGGAUGUAAGUUUUUGCAUAAUGUUUAUUAAUUUUAAUCCUUAAACAUCCUCAUUUCUUAUUUUUUAGUUUUUUCUCCUACUGGGGUGUUGUUUCUUAUCACUAGACUAAAAUAUUAUAACUUCCCUCUUGUAAAGGUUAUCUUGUAAGUGACAAACGUACAACUCAACCAAAAUAUCACAAUGCAGCUCCUUCAUCUUUGUCACUCUGCUAAGUACAGAUGGUCAGUUGUAAGCAGUGUAAAUGUAUUUUGUAAAAUUGUCACUCCCACACUUCCUAUGUCAAAGAAACUUUGCUUGCCCCUCCCCCUC